GACACAUUCAUCUCCAGAGCAAUAGAGCAUUGAUAGACAGAAAUGUUGUGUCUGAGGGGUUUUUCUUUCAUUCUCGCUGCCUUUGUCCUUAUCUUCAAAUCCAGUUGUGGUUCUGAGAUUAUUGAUGGGAAAGAAGUGGUGCCCCAUUCAUUGCCUUUCAUGGCUCUGCUGGAGUCAAAAAGUCCAGUCUGCGGAGGAAUAUUAAUUGAUCCAAAAUGGGUUCUGACUGCUGCACACUGCAAAGACAUUAAGACCGUGUUGCUGGGGGUGCACUCAAUCAAGGAAAAGAAGAAAGAACAACCGUACAGACAGGUCCUUAAAGUGGGGAGAAGUGUUCCUCAUCCUUGCUAUGAUUCCAAAGAAAAAAGCAAUGACCUCAUGUUGCUCAAGCUGAAAAAGGCAGUGAAGCAAACCAAAUGGGUGAGCAGUCUCAAGCUAAAUAAAGUUGUCCAAGAGCCAAAUGCCGGUUCAACCUGUAUGGUGGCUGGAUGGGGAAAAACCAGCACAAAUGCAAAGGUCAUGUCAGAUGUUUUGAUGUCGGUCAAUGUGACUGUGAUCAACAGAAUGAAGUGCAACUCUAAGGAUUACUACAACCUUGAUCCUUAUAUAACUAAGAACAUGAUAUGUGCUGGGUCGGAAGGCAAAAACAAUGCUGACACUUGUCAGGGAGAUUCAGGAGGGCCAAUAUUGUGCAAAGGAGCUCUAGUUGGAGUUACGUCUUUUGGACGUGAUUGUGGGAACAAAGCCAAACCUGGAGUGUAUGCUUUCCUUACAGAAAAGUAUCUUAACUGGAUCAAGAAGACAAUGAAGACAUCUGAAAAUGAGUGAACCUCAGUUCUGAAUUGUGCUGUUUUACUCUUUCAACCGCUUUUUUUGAUAUCCCGCUUUAAUUCAAGCUGCAUGAUGUUACUAAAAGAUGUAUGUGCAUACAACAAUAAACAAAACAAAAAAACGAAACCUUUAACUUGUUACAGGAAGCCUUGAAAACUGUUUCUGAAAACUACUUUAAAGGAUAAAAGGUGGCCCUGCACUGUCAGAUUGGCCAAUGCCAAUUA